UAAUAGUUUUGUUUGAAGGAGUUAUCGUAGCCAGAGAAGACUGGACCGAAUUUGCCCGGAAAGAGUGGCUCACCACAAGGUUGCCAACUAAUAUAAUAUUUUAGAGAUCCAUGAGUGAAAACCAUUCGUUUUUAAAAGGCGCAUAGCUGCUUGAUGCAUCAACAUCAACAUGUUAGGGCAUUAUCCAAACGUGGAAAAAUCGCAGCUUGUCAACUACGUGGAGGAUUAUUUGGAAUGUGUUGAAUCGUUGCCUUUGGAUAUACAGAGGAAUGUUUCGUUGUUACGAGAGAUCGACACGAAGUAUCAAGAGGUCCUCAAGGAAGUGGAUGAGAUCUAUGAAAAGUACAAAAAGGAGACUGACAGUGGGCACCGCAAGCGGCUGCAAAUUCAGUUGCAGCGAGCUCUCAUCAGCAGCCAGGAGCUUGGAGAUGAGAAAAUUCACGUGGUCACACAAAUGAUGGAGGUGGUAGAGAACCGCUCGCGUCAGAUUGAGGCUCACUCACCUUGCUUCUUAGAGCCAGGAGAGACAGAACGACCUCCAGAGAAGGUGAGGCAUGAUCCUGCAAGCACCUCCGCAAAUGUUAUGCCUGAGCGCUCGUCGGCACGGCGACCCAGACGUCAGCGCAUUAGUGAGAGCCGUGACACUUGUCACGGUGCCAAUGGCGCCCUGGAGGACCUGAGCGAGGAGCCUCCGCAGCAGCCCCGUGAGAAAAAGUCCAAGUCAGCCAAGAAGAAGAAGCGCUCCAAGGCCAAGCAAGAGCGAGAAGCAUCACCAGUGGAGUUCUCUAUUGAUCCAAAUGAGCCCACCUACUGCCUCUGUGAACAGGUGUCCUAUGGGGAGAUGAUUGGUUGCGACAAUGAGCAAUGUCCAAUUGAGUGGUUCCACUUUUCCUGUGUUGGACUCACCUACAAACCCAAGGGUAAAUGGUAUUGCCCCAAAUGCAGGGGCGACAGUGAAAAGACUAUGGAAAAAAGUGCAGAUAGGGCCAAGAAGGAUAGGCGGUCCAGGUAGUGCCUUACAGAAAAUGUGCUAUGGGAAUAUUGGAGAUUAUGUGAUAAUACGCCUGUAUGGGGAUUGUCAGUUUUUGUGUUAAAACGUUCUCCUCGUGCACUUAGCCCGAAAGGUUUCCAAAUAGGUGCUGUUGUUGGAUUGUAAAAAAUGACCAACGGUUUUCAUUAGUCUACCCCUGGAAAUACAGAUGUUUAAGAUACUGCCACUCAUUAAGACAAUGAAGAAAUCUUUUCUAAAAAAAAAAAAAAAUCUUUCUAUUAUUUGUUGGUUUCAGUAUGCCUCAAGGGUUUAUAUUUUGGAGGUCACCCAGUCCAGGGUAAUAAAGUUGUUACAAAAAGAGGCACUUGAUGAAAAUGCACUGGGUUUGAUGAGCAGUAUGUCCACACCUUUGUUUUGCAUUUCUUAUUCUUUCAUUCCACAUUUUAGCAAAUAUAAAUUAAAACACGCCUCUGAAAUGUCUUCCAGUGAGAGAAAAAAAAAUCAUUUUCUUUGUUAUAAUCUUGGAGUGUUUUUUUCUUUUAUUUAAAUAAAUUAGAGAUUGUUAUGUCUUUAAACCCUUGUUGUGCUUAUAGAGCUGUAGCGCAUGGGUCUUAUACAAAACAAACCUUUUCAGAUGAACAGUAUAUCAAAUAGGGGAGUGUGAACUGCGGCACUUUUUACUUAAGAUGUCCUCAAAAUUAGAUUAAACUAAUACACCUAAAUAUGUUUCAAAAUGUCUGUUAUGAACUAAAAUGAUAAGAAAGAAUCUAUAUCAUAGGUCUAUAGAAAUGUGACUUAAAAAAAGGAUGUACAUUUCAAAUAAAAAUAUGAACAUAAAGGAAAAAAACAAAACAAUUUACUAAUACGCAGUCAUGUUCCCAAGUCUUAUUUUGUGUAAGUUAUUUGCCUUUUCAUAAACAUGCCAGGAAUAUUUUUUAUAUUCAGAAUAUUUGA